ACAUUUCUUUCUCUCCAUUCUCUAUUAUAUUACAAAUUCUUGCCUUUUAAUUAAAAAAUCAUUAAACUUUUAACAAAUAAUAUGGAUAAGUUGGCAAAGGAUAGAGCUAACUAUGUACCUCUUACUCCUCUCACUUUCUUGAAGAGGGCUUCCAUGGUUUACUCGAACCGCGCUUCUUUAAUCCACGGUGGUGUCCGUUUCACGUGGCGCCAGACGUAUGAGAGGUGUUGCCGCCUCGCUUCCGCCCUCAAGUCCCUCAACAUCGCCAAAAACGACGUCGUAUCGGUGCUAGCGCCGAAUAUCCCGGCAUUGUACGAGAUGCACUUCGCAGUGCCAAUGGCCGGGGCGGUGCUCAACGCAAUCAACACGAGGCUAGACGCCAAGAACAUAGCAACCAUCCUCAAGCACUCGGAGGCUAAAGUUUUCUUCAUCGAUUACCAAUACGUGCCGGUGGCUCGAGAAGCUCUCCGUUUGCUCGUGGCAAAUCUUCAAGAAGGUUCCGGAGAAGAGGCGGGGCCCACGAUGAUGCCGCUGGUAGCGGUGAUCGACGACAUCGAGAGGCCGACCGGCGUCCGUCUAGGCAAGCUCGAGUAUGAACACCUCGUCUCGAGAGGAAACCCACGGUAUGUUCCGGAAGAGUUGGCCGACGAGUGGGACCCGAUAGCCCUCAAUUACACGUCCGGCACCACUUCGGAGCCGAAGGGGGUGGUGUAUAGCCACAGGGGGGCGUAUUUGAGUACUUUGAGCUUGAUUCUCGGGUGGGGGAUGAACACCGAGCCGGUUUAUCUGUGGUCCCUACCUAUGUUCCACUGCAACGGUUGGACCUUCACUUGGGGUGUGGCGGCGCGUGGCGGCACGAACGUCUGCAUCCGCAACACCACCGCCGCGGAAAUGUACGGCGCCAUCGCCGCGCACAAGGUGACCCACAUGUGCUGCGCGCCGAUCGUGUUCAACAUCCUGCUGGAGGCGGAGCCGCACGAGCGGCGCCCCAUCACGACUCCGGUGGAGAUUCUGACCGGCGGGGCGCCGCCGCCGGCGGCGCUCCUGGAGAGGAUCGAGCGUCUGGGGUUCCACGUGGUCCACGCGUACGGGCUGACGGAGGCGACGGGGCCCGCGCUGGUGUGCGAGUGGCAGAAGAGGUGGGACGAGCUGCCGAGUUCGGAUCGGUCGAGACUCAAAGCGAGGCAGGGACUCAGUGUGCUGACGCUUGCUGACGUGGACGUGAAGGAUCCGGAGACAAUGGAAAGCGUGUUUCGUGAUGGGAAGAGCAUGGGAGAAAUCGUGCUUCGGGGCAGCAGCAUUAUGAAAGGAUACUUCAAAGACGAAAACGCGACUUCGAAAGCGUUCAAGAACGGCUGGUUCCUCACCGGAGAUGUCGGGGUUGUCCACCCCGACGGCUACGUGGAGAUCAAGGAUAGGUCGAAGGACGUCAUCAUCUCCGGCGGGGAGAACAUCAGCAGCGUCGAGGUUGAGGCCGCGCUGUACAAGCACCCCGCCGUCGUCGAGGCGGCCGUCGUCGCCAUGCCUCACCCCAAGUGGGGUGAGAGCCCCUGCGCGUUCUUGAAAGUGAGGGGCGGCGCCGCCGUGGAUGAGGCGGAGAUAUUGAAGCACUGCCGGAGAAACCUGCCGCAUUUCAUGGUUCCGAAGAAGGUGGAGUUCAUGGAGGAGCUGCCGAAAACAUCCACCGGGAAAAUUCAAAAGUUUCAGCUGAGAUCUUUCGCAAAGACAUUGGUUAUCUCGCCGGCGAAAAUUAAGCCGUCGAAUUCGGGAAUUAAUAAUGAAUGGGAAAAUUACAGUCACGAUAAUAAUCAGGUGGAGGAGCAGCAGCAGAUUCUUGCUUUGUCUCGCCUCUGAUUUAUCCAAUUUUUACUUUAUUAUUAUUAUUAUGAAUUGUAUUUUAUGUUAAACAUACGCAUUAAUGUUAUAUUGUACGCCGAUAUAAAUUAAUUAAUAUAAUAAUUUUGUGCAGAGUUA